UAACUUUUCUGUUCCUCUAAAACCCCUCUUGUUUUACGCCGGUUGGCAGAAAGAAACCGCUCAGCUCAUUAUAUAACCUGCCACCUGCGUCUCCUUUGUUUCUCUCUCUAUCUCCUUCUCUCUCUAACUUUUUUUCUGACUCACAGUUCGGUUUAUCUUCUUGUUUUUAAAACUCAAAUCCCGGGUUUGCAUGCAUUCUUGAAUUUUUUUUAGAAAUUUAAACCCGACCCACUUGUUUAAACUCAUCAAAAUCUUAUUUUUUCCAUCUGGGUAUUGCUUAUACUUCGUGAUUAUCGUAUGGGAAGCUCUUAAGUAACGGAUUUUUAAGGUAUUUUUUUUAUUUCUUUUUGUUGAAAUAUUAAUAAAAAGAAUGGCACCGGCUACAACUUCUACAAACUGGCUUUCUUUUUCACUCUCUCCAAUGGAAAUGUUGAGGUCAUCCACUGAAUCUCAGUUCUUAUCUUACGAAGCUGCUGCUGUUUCUUCUUCUUCUACUGCUGUUCCUCACUAUUUCAUCGAUAACUUUUAUGCUAACGGGUGGGGAAGUACAAAGGAAGAGCAUCAAGGAGCAACAACAAUGACGGCAGACUCGUCAAUACUCACAAGUUUCCUAGACCCAGAAACUCACCAUCAUCACAUACCCAAACUUGAAGAUUUUCUCGGCGAUUCGUCGUCGCCAAUCGUUAGAUACUCCGAUAAUAGCCAAACCGAUACGCAAGACUCGUCGUCUUUAACUCACAUCUACCACGACCAAGGCUCAGCUGCUUACUUCAAUGAGCAACAAGAUCUCAAAGCUAUAGCCGGGUUUCAAAACACCUUCUCGACCAACUCGGGUUCCGAAGUUGACGAUUCGGGUUCAAUAGCUAGAACUCAGAUUGGUAGUGGUAGUGAGUUUGUGGGUCAUUCUAUUGAGUCAAGCCGAGAUGAUCAUCAGUUGGGUUGCUUCUCUAAUAAUGCUUUAUCUCUUGGAGUUAACAGUAAUAAUAACAAUAAUAAUAAUAGUAUUAAUCAUCAUAAUCAUCAGAGUAAUUCAUCAAAUAGUAAGGCUAUUGUUCCUGUUGUUGAAUCUGACUGCACUAAAAAGAUUGCUGAUACUUUUGGCCAGAGAACUUCAAUUUACAGAGGAGUUACUAGACACAGAUGGACAGGAAGAUAUGAAGCGCAUCUAUGGGAUAACAGUUGUAGAAGAGAGGGUCAGGCUAGAAAAGGGCGUCAAGUAUAUUUAGGUGGAUAUGAUAAGGAGGAAAAGGCGGCUAUAGCUUAUGACUUGGCAGCUCUAAAAUAUUGGGGUGCCACUGCCACCACCAACUUCCCUGUUACCAAUUAUAGCAAAGAAUUGGAGGAGAUGAAAUAUGCGUCUAAGCAGGAAUUUAUUGCUUCUCUUAGGAGGAAGAGUAGUGGGUUUUCGAGGGGAGCCUCUAUCUACAGGGGUGUCACAAGGCAUCAUCAACAAGGUCGUUGGCAAGCGAGAAUUGGUCGUGUAGCUGGAAACAAGGACCUUUACCUCGGCACCUUCGCGACGGAAGAGGAAGCUGCUGAGGCAUAUGAUAUAGCAGCUAUCAAAUUCAGGGGUAUGAAUGCUGUGACCAAUUUUGAGAUGAACCGAUACGAUGUGGAAGCAAUAAUGAAGAGCGCUCUUCCAAUCGGUGGUGCAGCAAAGCGGCUGAAGCUCUCACUAGAAUCCGAUCAGAAACCAACUCUUAACCACGAACAGCAACAACCUCAAGGAAGCAGCAGCAAUAACAUCAGCUUCGCUUCAAUGCCACCGGUUUCCGCCAUCCCAUGCGGUAUUCCUUACGACAACGCAGCAGCUCAGCUGUACCAUCACCAUCACAACCUCUUCCACCACCUACAAACCACCAACAGCAACUUGGGUGGAACUGCUGAUAAUUCGUCCGCUUCAUCGAUAGCAACGACAAUGUCGAUGUUGCCGCAAACGGCCGAGUUCUUUUUAUGGCCGCACCACCACCAAUAUUGACAGAAAAAAGAAAAGGCAAGCAGUUUUGACUUUCAGGAAUUGAGCUAACAGAAACAAUUUGCUGACAGUUUUAGUAGUCUUACCUUUAUUAAUGUACCUCUUAAUUAACCUUGGGCAGGAUUAGGAAGUUCUUUUUUUGGAUUAAUGACUAAAUUCAGUUUUAGUUAUAGUAUUUUUAGGAUGCUGGAUUUUUUAAGCAAUUUAUCUCAAUAUGCGAGGGCCAUUUAUUGUUUA